GCACUUGUACUGCUUAUUCUAUGAGCAUAAGCCUAGAAACUGACAACUGGAGCUGUAUAACAUGGAGCGGAGACUUGCUUGACCUCCGCAGUUAUUCCGAUGAGGGUCUAGACCUUUAUGUGCGAACGGCUGGGAAGAAGAAAAGCAAAACAGGAUUGAUCGUAGGUACUUGUGUUUGUAUCUUGGUGGUUUUGGCUCUUUUAGCAUUAUUUUGCUACUGGAGGAGGAAAAAGACGAGAGAAAUAGAAAGAGAAAGAGAAAGAGAAAGAGCCACCACCGCUGCAUCAUCAAUUGAAAUAAUGAUGCCAAGGGAAAGAGAAAACCUAAUAGAGGCCGAUCAACUAUCUGCCCCGAUGGAUUUUGCCAUGAUAGUGAAUGCCACAGACAACUUCUCUCAAGAGAUCGGACAUGGUGGGUUUGGGUAUGUGUACAAGGGUGUGUUAGCCAGCGGGGAAGAAAUCGCUGUCAAGAAACUUUCACAACUCUCGAAACAAGGGUUGGAUGAGUUCCGUACCGAGGUGAGGUCUAUUUCACGCCUUAGACACCUUAACAUCGUCCGCCUGUAUGGUUGGAGCGUUUACAAGGAAGAGAAGCUCUUGAUAUACGAGUAUCUAGUGAACGGCAGCUUAGAGCGUCAUCUUUUUGGUGGUGGUGAGCUAAAUUGGGAAACGAGAUUUCAUAUUAUCAAGGGUGUAGCUCAAGGCCUAGCAUAUAUCGAAGAAGGGGGAUACGAUCUGAUUCUACACCGGGACUUGAAACCUGAUAAUAUCUUACUUGAUAGAUAUAUGACACCGAAGAUAUCCGAUUUCGGCUUGGCCCGAAUGUGUGCAAGGAGCGAGAAGGAAGUUUUCACACAGCAUACGGCUGGAACUCAUGGCUACGUAUCGCCAGAAUCCCUGUUACAUGGCAUAUUCUCAUCUGCGUCUGACGUCUUCAGCUUUGGCGUUAUUGUUCUUGAAAUUGUUAACGGGAAAAGGAACAGAUCAUUCUCCUCUUCCAUUGGCUAUCUUCUCGGCUACGCGUGGAACAAAUAUAAUGAAGGAAACUGGAGUGAAAUCAUCGAUGAGAAGAUCAGACAAGACUGUGUAGAGUCUUGGCAAGUGUUGAGAUGCAUUGAAGUGGGACUUCUGUGUUCUCAAUAUUUUGCAAGGGACAGACCGAAAAUAUCCCUGGUCGUGGCUCAACUCCAACAGGAAACUAUUGAGAUUCAAAAGCCAAAACGCCCUGCCUUUUACCCAAUUGAUCAUGAAGGCAAAAGUGGUAUUCCAUCCUCUUCAAACUUUAAGGGAGAAUCUUCAACAUCUACUUCCUGUACGGUUAACGGCUACACGUUUUCAGAGAUCGAUGCUCGGUGAUUUCUUAAUUACUUACUAUGCGGCUGAUAAGUAGCUGGAACUUGGUGUAUAUCAUUUUAUCUGUAUUUUUCCAUUUUGUUUCUUUUCCACAAGUUUUUAAUUUGGUUUAAAAACAUCUUACUGAAAAAAAAAUCGUUAAAUAACUA